GACGUACGUCGCGAUAUGUCGGAGCACCACCGCGUAGCCGGUGGCUGGGGCACCGCGAGCCCGGGUAACCGAGAGGAUGCCUCCGGCGGUGCCGCCUGGUGGCCCUCGGGCCUGAACGCCGAUCAACAGCAACAACAGCAACAACAGAAUCUACAUCAGCAUCUGAUGAACCAGCAGCAACAGCAGCAGCAACAGCAGCAGCAGCAGCAGCAGCAGCUCGCGCAGCAGCAGCAGUCGCAGCACCAUCCCGACAACGUCCGAAGUACUGCCGCCACGGCGAACCAACAGCUCUUCUCCUACAAAAUGGCCUCCAGCUUCCAGAACCCGGCCACCACCGGCGCGGCGUCGAGUCCGGUGUCGACAUCCACGCCGGUCGGCGGCGGCGCCGCGUGCAUGAGGGGUGGAUACGAUUACAGGCUCGGUACGGCGCCGGGUCCUGGACAAGGCGCCGGCGGCGGCGGCGGCGGCGGUGGCGGCGGUGGCGGCGGAGGUGCGGGUGCGGGUGCGGGUGCCGGUGGCGGCGCCGCCGCCGGCGUACCCGGCACACCUUCCGCACCGCCGCCCGGCGUACAGUGGUGGUAUCCAGGCGGAGUCAUGGACGCCGCCGCGCAGAACAACCUGCACCAACAGUUGCAGGGCCAGCAGCAACAACAGCAGCAGCAGCAGCAGCAGCAACAUCUCUCGCCCAUUACCACGCAAACGUCCACGCCCCCCGUUAUGUCCCCGAUCUCACAUCCGCACGUAGGUCAACUAGAUUUCCGAUUAUUUCUGCAGCACCCGAUACAGCAGAUACCGCAAAAUAAUCUUCAACAAAAUAACGCUCAGAGUCUGCAGCGGGACAAUAUGCCGAGAGGAAAAGAUUCGAAGCCAAGAGGACGGAUGACAGCGUACGCGUUCUUCGUCCAGACAUGUCGUCAGGAGCAUAAAAAGAAGCAUCCCGAGGAGAAGAUCGUCUUCCGGGAAUUCUCCAAAAAGUGUGCAAUGAGGUGGAAGACUAUGUCGGACAUCGAGAAGAAGCGUUUCCACGAAAUGGCAGAGAAAGAUAAGAAGAGAUACGACACGGAGAUGCAGAACUAUACGCCUCCGAAGGGUGAAAACAAGGGCAGAGGCAAGAAGCGCAAACACAUCAAGGAUCAUAAUGCUCCCAAGAGAUCGCUGUCUGCUUUCUUCUGGUUCUGCAACGACGAGCGCGGUAAGGUCAAAAUGCUGAAUCCCGAGUAUGGCGUAGGCGAUAUAGCUAAGGAAUUAGGCAAGAAAUGGUCGGACGCAGAUCCCGAAACCAAAUCUAAAUACGAGGCUAUGGCAGAGAAGGACAAGGCUCGAUACGAAAGGGAAAUGACAGCGUACAAAAAGAAAAUGCAAAACGAUAGCGCCCCGAUGGUCGGAGGCGCGCAGGCGAACCAAACUGUAAUAAAAAGCGACAGCGAAGAGGAAUGGAAGGAAGACGACGAAUAGCGGAUGCACGUCGAAAUUUCUUCAUCUAUCACCCCGUGUCCUUCAUCCUGAAAGCAUACCUCACCUACUGUACGUACCAUUGACCUUAGCGUGAGCGUACUUACACCACCAUCACUAGGAAAACGAAGCAACUAACCACCAAGCAACCUACCAAUCAACCAAGCUCUUCAACAAUCCCCACCAACCAACCUCCUAAUUCUUUCCCCGAUUAUUUACGAUAAUGAUAAAGUAAUCCGCGCUAAUUAUGGUAAUUAUUUUAAAAAAGAAAACUGAUAUGUAUGAGUGGUGCGCGCGAGCGUGAGCGAGAGAGGAUCAUUGUGUGAGUGAACAUUUGUACUUUAACAUAUUGAUAGUAACGAUGAUGUAAAGCGGCUAGUAAGAUAGCGGAAGAUCAUGAAAGAAAACAAAAAGUAAUAAGAAAUCAGAAGAAUCAUGAGUAAAAUGCAAAAAGCGGAAGAGAUAAGACACGGCGAACGCCCAUACUUUCUCUGUCCGGAUGGAAGGCGCAGGGGCUCAAUCAUUGUUGACUUUUUGCUCUGUCGACGCUAUAUUACAAGCUAUGUAGCUUAGUUUACUAAUGACGAAACGCCGCGAUAAUGAUGGCUCCGUAGCGCGGGGAUCGGAGAUGAUUUGCAAUUCUUUUUAUCCGUAUUCUUUCGGAUUUCCUUCCGAUUACGCGGGGAUCAUCCUUUUCUUUGGGUCGUUUACACGCAUUGUCAUCGGCACGAGAGAAAGAGAUCGCUCUCCCGAAUCCUCGCUCCUGCGAGGGGCGUGUCAUGUCGCGUCGUUGCAAAAUUAAUAUACUAUACUUUUGGGGAUUUUUUUUCUUAGUUCAGUUCAAUUCAGUUCAGUUCUGUUCACUUGUUGCCAGCGUCGUUAUGGCACGGAUACACAUAUAUAUAUACACACACACACACACGCAGAGACACAUACAGACAAUUGUUGUAUAUCCUUGUACAGAGAGCUUCAUUUUUCUUUCGUAUAUUUUUAGCGAAUCGAUCAUGUUGAGCGCGCGUGAUGGGGCAUGGGGCCGCUUUACGCAUAUUUGCGAAUAUAUAAUUGAUUUUAUCGAGGUACACACAUGUCUUGUAAUAGCUGUAAGUACGUUUAGAAUUAAGUAUACGUGUAUCUUAAUGCAGAUUUGAAUUCUCCGGCGACUCUCUACGUCUUUUUUUUAAGCAUAUAAUGUACUUUUUUUCGACAUUUACACGGCGGUGUUACAAGCCACGAGCCACCACGUGAUUGAGCCUUAAUUACGUAGCCGAUAAACGAUCGCCCCGAUGCGCUCAAUCGCAUCGGGAGAAACUGUGUGCGAGAGAGAAAGAGGGUGCAUGUGUAUGUAGCUCGCAGCUUCUCUAUUAGAUCGUUGCAUAUGAGAUGUCACUUUUUUGAGAAAAGUGAAUUUUUAAUAAUCCAAUAUCAUGUAUGUCUAUAAUUCUUUUUACACGAAUAUACUGUAGCACGGGCUUUGUUUUGUUUUUCUUUCUUGUUUUACAAGUUGUAACAUUCGAGAAAAUUGACAAAUAAUUUAGCAAUUUAGCAAAUUUUUUGUUUUAAAGCUAUUUUAAUCGGACGUAAACAAGAUCAUCGAUAUUAUUCAUGUGUUAAUAUUACCAUUAUUAUAAAUAUAUUAAUCUCAUUUAUUAUUUUAUUAUAAUUAUAUUAUUUUGACAUCGGUUAUGGAUCCAGAUUUCUCUUUGAUCGAGUAAGAAUUUAAUUAUAAGGAUAAUUUAGACACGAUUUAUUGUGUAAAUUACUUAGAACGAUUAAUGUGAGAAAAAUGAAUAAUUGUAUACAAAAUUUAACUUCCGGAAUAUAAAGUUGGAAAUAUAUAUAUAUUUAUAUCUUCUUAUCUCUCUAAGGACCAGUUUCACAAACGUCGGUUAACUGCAGACCGAAGGUUAGUUGAUUCUCUAUCUGUUUUUAGAUAAAAAGAUAGAAAAAGAUAGGGAGUUGGCUGAACUCUGGUUAACAGUUAACCGACGUUUGUGAAAUUGGCCCUUAGUUUCCUAUAUUUUUGAUCAGUAUGCUUUGAGAUGGUUAUUUUUUUAUUGACGUCAAUAAUUUUUUCACUUAUGGAGAAAGUUUUGAUUCGAGUUUUCUCAAAUGUACUCUUUGAGUUAUGUGCAUCUUGUAUUUUCUCGGAAAUUAAACGAACCAUUGAUAUAUAGAUAUAAAGCCGACAUUUCAUGUGCAAGGGCCUAAUAUUAAAUCAAAAUCAGUAGCAAGAUAUUCUAGCGUCUCGUGGAGCAGCAGCGGUGUCGCCGCGCGCGCGCGAGUUCUAAUGCUUGUUUGUGAAGACGACGAUUGUUGUAGUCAUGAAAACGAAACUUUCUUUUUAUCAUGUACAUUCGUGCUGUCUCGAGGCUGCCGGCAGCCUGCAGCCAACGAAAUUUUGUUUCUUGCCCGUUAAAGAAAAUCUACCGUAACUCCACACGUCCGUUCUGCCGAAAAUGCUUCAUCAUUAACUUCGAAUUUGACCUCGAAGGCGCGAAAAAAAAGUUAUUUUCGUUUCGUAGUUUCUGUCUAUGACCGGCGUAGAAGCGUUAUGAUAAAGUAAUGGAUGGUAUGUGACGAAUGUUAACACCUUGUCGACCGUUCGGGUAUAGAUGCGCCCGUUUCGUAAUUCUUAAUUAGUUCGCAGGGAAGUACUAAAAAAAUUGUAAGAAAAGAAGAAAAGAAUAUUUUCCGGGGCGAACGUAGAUCAUAAAAAUAGUGCGGAGAGCCCAAUUAAUUUAGGGGCGUGACUCGCACGGCUGACAAGGUGUUAGACGUUUGAGCUGGCGUUUGAAAUCGAUGUGCGACUCUCGUGCGACCGUAGUUUUAACGCGAAUGAUGACUCCGUUUCUUCUCCGUUUGACUUUUUCUCUCUCUCUCUCUCUUUCUCUCUCUGUUUUCUUUUCUCUUAGCCCGACACUGAAGUGGUCCCUGCCCCUUGCCAUCGCCAUUUUCCCUCUCACAUUCGUUUUUAACUCACUGGAAGAAAUAAAAAAAAGUAGUAAAAAAAAAGGGUAAUACGUUCAAAUCUCUCGUCUUGAGACUCACGUGAAUGAUAUAAUAACCGCCGUUUCCUUCGUUAAAUCAUAUUCUCGGGAGUAAUCGGAUUAAAUAGAAGAUAAGCUCCCCGCGAGGAAAAGGCGUUUUCUCUGUCUUGUACUACCUCGAGUCAUCUGGUGUACAGCAGGCUGUAUUAUAAUAAAUUAUUGUGGUUUCUUGUAAUAUUAACAUUCCUAGAUCCUAUAGCGUGUACAGUGCAUUCUAAUCGCAUUCGGGAUUUAGAGAGGGGACCGUGAGGAGCCGAGCCCGGUUGAAACAAGUAGAAGUUAACGAAAGGACGAUGGAAAGACAGGAAGAGAAAAAAGACAGAAAUAGGAUCUCGCUAGUUUCUUCUACUUCUUCUCAUUCGUCGUUGAAUAACGCGAGAUUGGGUAUACAUGUAAACGUAUGAGAGAAAAAAAAUAUAUAAUAACGUUAUAUGUUUAUAUGUACAUUUACGCUCGUGUGUGUAUCUACAUAAAUUUUUUAGAAGCUUUCUUUAAGAUUGGGACCGGCUGACACACACACAAACACACUCGCACCCUCGAUAUGUACUUUGCCCGCAGCCCAGAAAAAUUUAUCGUCACUUUUUCUCAAUAAUGUUUAAAGUCUCUCUUCGUCCCUCCCCCGCCAUCCGUUUUCUUUCCCUACCCUUCCCCAGAACACAUUGUCUCGUAUUGUCGACGUAAACCGGGGGAAAAUAAAAGAAGUGAAACAGUAAUAAAAGAUGACCGAUUUCAAACGAUUGAUUACGAUGAGCAGAACGUGGGCGAGAAAGGAACCUGUUGUUCUUAGAGGGAGUUAGAGAACGCGGAUGACAGACGACUGUAAAAUAUCAAAUUGUAAUAUUUUAAUACUGAUUUGCAGAUGUGCAUAAUUUUAACAUGUAGCUGGUUGUAAAACAGGGAAGGGGGGGGGAUGAAGUGAGCGGAUUGUAAAACUGAUGCUGGGAUGUUGCGUGAGACACGGUGUCCGUUCGACGGAGAGGUACAAGAAUUUUGAACGUAUAAAAGAGGGGGGAGGGGGAAACAAGGAUAAAGGAGCAAGGAAGGAAAAGGUGGGAGAAGCGGAAUGUCUCGUAAAAAGGAUCAUGACAUGAAUUUCCUGUAUUACACUGCUAGGGGAAUUAUGAUAGUUACACGAGAAGAAAUGUUUGUUUUGUAUAUCUCUUAGGGAUAAAUAAACUUUUCAAAAAAUA